AUUAGCUGUGGCCUGUGUAGUUUGUACGUUGUUGUUGUGGAUGAGUGGUGUGUGAAUACGAAUUGGUUACGUUGUAGGAGUUUCUUAGCAAUGGAUAUAAUUGAAGAAGCGCGAUCCCGCAUUACCCAUAAGGAGACUGGAGUACUAAAUGCUUGUGCUUCAGACUACCCUGGCACUUGUGGCAUUGAUGACACAUGGAAACUCUCAAAAUUUAAAAAGAAUUUCCGAAUAGUCAUAAUCAGACACAAUAACCUGGAAAUGGAAUUUGAUAUGAUUGGCAUUCAUGCUGGUAUUGCAAAUGCUUUGAGGCGAAUUCUUCUUUCGGAGGUUCCAAGUAUGGCAAUUGAAAAGGUUUUUGUAUACAACAAUACAAGUAUUAUCCAGGAUGAAGUUUUGGCCCAUAGAUUAGGACUGAUUCCAUUAAAAGCAGAUCCACGUUUAUUUGAAUACAGGCAAAAAGAUGAUGAAGAUGGAACAGAACAGGACACCUUGGAAUUCGAACUGAAAGUUAAAUGUACUCUUGAUCCAUCUGUGGAUGCCUCUGCACCUGUCCGUGACAAGAAAAUAAAUGGAAGUGUUUACACAAAACAUAUAAAAUGGCUACCAAUUGGAGCCCAAGGAAACAUGUACACAGCACAAGAUGUUGGACCGAUACAUGAUGAUAUUCUCAUUAGCAAAAUGAUGCCAGGACAUGAACUAGAUCUAAAGUUACAUGCUGUCAAGGGCAUUGGCAAAGACCAUGCAAAAUUUUCUCCUGUGGCUACAGCCUUCUACCGGUUGCAUCCAGAAGUUACUCUUCUGAAAGAUAUUGAAGGAGAAGCAGCCGAGCGAUUACAAAAGUGCUUUUCUCCGGGUGUCAUUGGUCUAGAAGAUGGAAAAAAUGGUAAAAAGAAAGCCAAAGUUUUAAGUGCAAGGUAUGACACAUGCAGUAGAAAUGUCUUCAGAUAUGACGACUUAAAAAAUGCAGUUAAAAUGGAGAGGAUAAGGGAUCAUUAUAUUUUCACUAUUGAGUCUGUUGGAGCACUUCCUCCUGAUGUUUUGUUCACUGAAGCAGUCAAAGUUUUGAAGCAAAAAUGCAGGACAUUUUUGGAAGAACUGAAUCGCUGAUUGAAGAAAAUGCGUGUGGAUGUAAAAUAAGAAUGUUCACCGUGAAGGAUCUGUGAUGUGAUCAUGUAGAGGGCACUGUUCAUCAUUAUUUAAGAUAAAAUUAAAUACUUUGAUAUAAUUGAUGUAUAAAUCUUUCAGUGUAUUUGUUUGUUCAUCUCUAGACAAUCUCCAGUGUAUACCUUUAAUCAAAAUACACGUUAUUUCCAUUAAA